AUGGAGGUCCUCAGCAACUCUCCCGAAGCCUCAUCCUUCGUGCCACUGGCCGAACACCAGUCGCGCACCCCAAGCUCCUUCUACUCCGGCCCCCCAGUUCUGUACCACCACAGCCAGCGCUGCAAAAUCGUCAUUCUUGAGCGCGAACUCCUCGCCAACCUAGCGCUAAACGCCCUACGUGGCGAUAAUGCCGUCAAUAGCGCCACCAGCGAGGGCCAGCCGGACGAUGAGAAAGAAGUCGCAAUCGCAGACGUAGACACAUGGGUGACAUCCGAAAAAUUCCACCUCUUCUCCCCAUCCACUUCAAAAGGCGUCUCAAUCCCCUACCCAUCAAUCUCCCUGCACGCCCUCCAACGCCUCCGCGUCCCAGGCACCGACGCCGAAGUCCAGGGCCUGUACAUGCAAGUCGCGACACCGAGCGCGCCCACAGAAGACGACGAAGAAGAGGAAUGCGUCGCGUUCACAGUCGUGCUGCCCGGCGACGCCACAGCACAGGACUCAGAGACGGAAGAGACGCCGACGCAGCAGCUCUACGGUGCUGUUUCUGCGUGCUCAUAUCUACACCCUGAUCCGGUCGAGGAUGACUCCGAUGACGAGGAUGGGACUAAGUUUAUUACGGCGGAGGAGCACGAGGGUGUCUUCCAGCUUGGUGGGAAUGGAGAUCUGCCGCCGCCGGUUGAUGGGAGCUCGGGGUGGAUUACGGCGGAGAAUAUGGAUCAGUUUUUUGAUAAGGAUGGGAAUUGGAUUGCUGGGGGUGAGCCGCCUUCUUUCCCACUUGGACCUGGGGCUGGGACUGUUAGGGCUAGGGAGGAGGAGGAUGGGGAGGAUGAGACUAAGUGGCGGAAGACUGAUUAG